AUGAAAAAUUUUAAUUAAGAGAGGACAUCACAUAAAUUGGAAUAUACAACAAAAAUGAUUCAUAAAUUAUUUAAUUAUACACAAUUAAUACUAUUUUCUUUAAAUAACUAAUGUGAUAAGUAUUUUUUAAUUAAAAUAAUAAUUUAACUUAGUGAAAAUAUAAACUUAAAUAUAGUUAAAGUAUUUAUGAUUAAUUACUUUAGACAAGAUUGAAGAAUAAAAACUUUAGGUUGAUGCUGAAUUGAAGAGUGAAGUAAGUUUCUGAUUACAUUUUAUAGUCUUAGGUGUAGUAUAUAAGUGGAUACUCUCAAUUAUUUGUACUUAAUUACAUAUUUAGGAAGAAAUAACCAACUUUAUGCCAAAAGGAUUCUUCUGCAGUAAGUUAAUUAAGCCUUGUUUAAUCCCUUGUAAAAUACCAAAUGGCAAGAGUCCCUAAGACUUUCAGUCAUUAUAUUUUUUGGAAUUUUUAAGGAUAUUGCAUUCAUAAUAGAACCAAUCUGUAAACUGGCAAAUUCAAUCAUAGAAGGAAAUAUGGACAUAACCAAUAAAAUGUUCUAUGUUUUGGGAUUGGAGCUUACAUAGGAAGAAUAAAAAUUGAGUGGUAUAUAUCUCUUAAAAGCUGUCAUGUCAAAGUGGAUUAAUGCGGUUGAUAUUUUGAUUGAAAUGAUUAUAUGCAUUUACCUUCAUCUAUGGAGGUAUAAAAGAAUAGAACAUCCUAUUUUUUUUGAAUGUCCUUUAAAUAAUACCAUACCUUUAUCUAUGAAAGAAUGUGAUUUUAAGGAACCCUUAAUAUGUAUCAUUCAGCUAAAUUAUAUUCAAAAAAACUGAAAUGUUAGUAUUAAAUUAAAUUUGAAAUUAUAAGUGUUGUAAGGAGUUUUUUAACAAAUUUCUUAAUCGUAUCUAAGACCAAAUACUGAAAAAAGUGGAUUUUUUUCUUUUGGUAGAAUAUUUUCAGGUACUAUAAGAACAAGUAUAAUUGGUUAAAGAAUAUUCAAAAAAAAUACUGAUGAUGGCCAAAUAAGCAAAAUACAUAUCAGAUGUUCCUUGUGGUUAUAUUGUAUGAUUAGGAUGUUGUCUUAUUAAGGAGGGGUACAAUAUCGGAUCAACCAGAAUCUAAUCUAAUCAGAUCAACGAAUUAUUUAGUUUCACCAUUAAUAAAAGUGCCUGCUUGACCUCAAAAUCCAAAAAAUCAACCUAUAUUAUAAGAGUGUUUGA